UGGUGAAACUACAAAUCUAAGGAACACAUAACAAAGAUGCAUUCUUUUUGAUUUGUCAUUUGACGCUCAGCAUACUGUAUACUGGUGUUUAAUGAAUUUUAAGAUUAAAAAAAAGAGAGUAUGUGAAUGGAAAGGAAACAGGAAAGUGUCAGCUUUUAAAAAAAAAAAAGAACAUUUUUGCGACUAACAUCAGUAGGAACUUUGUGUUUCUAUUAUAGACCUGUUACUGUUGUUUCGUUUCAGGUGUUUGUUAUAAUGAAAGUAGUUGUAGCUUCACUUUCCGUGUUUUUAAGUGGAAGCUUCUUCAGCGAGACAGCGAUAUAACAACAACAACAACACCAUUUUGCGAAUGGCAGAGAAAGAGACGCAAACAAAUUAACGUUUCAAGAUCCAGCGUCUGUCUUCACUGCGAUUUUGGGGUUGUCAAAUCAAGUAUUCCAAUAAGAAAGGACUAUUAUUAUGUUUUGCAGUGAUGACCCCUGGUACACAGAAUACGUAUGCGCUAUAAAUAGUCAAGCAGGAUUUUAUUAGUGUGUUUUUGUGUGAAAGGAUUUUUUUUAGCCGCUCUUCUGGUAAAGCAUGAGAUUCCUCCCAUGGAUCAGCUGAAUGAAAACAGGUUGCUCCCUUUUAAAAACAAAAACAUCUUUUAUAUUAUAAAUCCAGUUUACAGUUGCAUUCAAGAUGAUGGGAUGGUUUCAUAAGACUUGUUUAUUUGAAGGUCAUUUCCUUGGAUGUAUUACUUUGAAAUUAAACUUUCAGCAACAGGUGGUGGCCUCUGACUGUCCCCGGGAGUGUAGAAAUCCUCAGACUAACCCGCCCCCCAGGACCGGUAGCCAAACCUGGGCCACCCCAGGCUUCGACUGGAUGGCAAACAAAGAGAGUCUGCGGGGGGGGCCUCAAAUGUUCCCAGCCAGCGACCGUGUGUGUGGCCGCUGCUCCAGUGCAGGGAAGGACACAGAGGAAAUUGAGCAACCUGAGGAGGAUGGUGCGGGCCAGCUGUCAGCGAGCGAUGCCCUGCCACGUCCGUCUCGACGCGAGAGAGGUGAAACCCGAGAUGUCAGGAAAUUACAGCAUCACAGAGCCCUUAAUGCAGGGUCCAGUCUCCAUGGAGACCCUGUCCGCAACAUGAAGAACUCCUCCACCACAGGGCAUCUGAAAUCCUCUUUGGUGACAGAAAAGGGCCCUCUUCAGGAAUCAUUCAUCUCCCAAGUGCCAUUAAGAUUAAAGAUCAAAGUGUCUGGCCAGAGAGGGAGUCUCGGGAUCAGCAUUGCUGGUGGGAAAGGCUCUCUGCCUUACAGAGAACACGAUGAGGGUGUUUUCAUCUCCCGAGUAACAGAAGGGGGGCCAUCGGAAAAGGCCGGAAUCCAUGUCGGGGAUAGAUUGCUGGAAGUCGACGGCAUCAACAUGCAGGGGGCGACCCACCACGAGGCGGUCAGCGCCCUCAGGAAUGUAGGGAGCUGCAUGGAGAUGAAAGUGGUCCGAGAGCGGCUGCUGCUCCCUCGAGAGGUGCGUGACCUGGCCGGGCCUCAGGAACCUCCGGACGUGACGGGACGACAGCCCUGCAGCCAGGACGGCAGAGGCCGGAGAAGCAAACCGCCGAAGACGGAACGCGCCCACUGUUUGUCCGAGAAGAUUGAGGCGGCUGUCUGCAAUGGCAAGUCUGAUUUGGAGAGCGACCUGAACAGGACCUUAUCUGAACCGGAGGCGUCACUAAAAAAGGACUCACUUCAACUUGGAAAGCACACGAUGACAAUCCCGCGGAUCAUCCUCACUCAUCCCUCUAUCUCCGAUGAAGAUGUAGAACUCUUGACACAGAGCCCCAGCCGAGGGCCAGCACACGGCUUUGACAUUCCUGACAGACACGUACAUCCUGACUCUUUCGACAGCGCUUUCUACCCACCCUGACCACAGCGGCCCUGGGUACAAACACGAAGGACACACACUUUUAUUACCCAGUUUUUUAAGGCACUGAAGCAUUUUCUGAGAUGUCCCUCUGGAUGGGUUAGUAUAAGGACUAACUGUGUUUUUUUUACUGUCACCGCGAAUGGUAUUUGGUAAUAUUAAAGUCAUUUGCAAGGAUGGACAGCUUUCUGACAUUAUUUUUAUGACUGACUUUUUGCCCGUGCAACCACAGUGCACAGUAAAACAUCAGACCGCUCUCUAACGCAGAAAUACGAGGCAUGACAUAAUGUUACAUACAGUCAAUUAAACAAUGAAUGCUGCUGGCUACUCCUACUCCACCUCUCUGUGCUGUAACUUAUGGACGUUCUGGUCAAUGCCCAUGACAAUGUGAGGCCCUUAAAACCUUUUACAGUCUGCACUGAGAUAAAAUGUCUCAUGGCCGAACAGACAGCUCAGCGGGGAGUCCGAGUCCUGCAGAGUCCUGAGACCGACUGAACUCUGCUUCACAUCUUCACACAUCUGCUGUUCGAGCUGACUUCAGACUCAUGAGAUUAGGGAAGUCUGCAGAAAUGUAUCUGAGAGGAAAACACGGGAGUAAUUUACAGUCUUGCAUCCGGAGCCCCGGGACAACAUGUACAAGCCAUAGAUGCCGAUACCUGCCUCGUGUUCGUUCACAGCCUUUCUCACAGUAACAAGAGUUGACUGUUCGGCGGUCACGUUCUCAAUUAAGUGCAAACGCAUUGUUCCAAGAGGCGUUUCCUUUUCUUUCAGUAGCAGGACAUUCAUUUCUUCACUGGCAAUACCCAAAAAAGCUGCAAUAAACACAACUUUUGUGGACAGAG